AUACCUCAGACAUGCGACUGACAGGCCGUUACCACGGAGAUCACCGCUGCUUGAGUGUCAGACACCUGAAGUUUCAACUAUUCGCCUAAACCACCCUUAUAAUACUACAACAACCACCAGAGAGAGAGAGAGAGAAAGGGAGAGAGAGAGAGAAAGAAAGAGAGAGAGAGUCUUCAUCUUCAGGCUUUCGUCGUUGAGGGAUCGGAGAGGCCAGUCGUUUUCCCUCCUGAACGGGACACAUGGCUUCAAACAGCAUCUUUGACGCGUUCUCCAAUUACUCGUCUAGUUUAUUGCGAGACCCAAGCACGAGCAGACGGUUCACGCCGCCCUCCGCCUCAUUCCCGUGCGCCAAAGUGAGCGAGAGCCCGAACAUGAGCGCACCGGGCCCGCUGAGAACCGGGCGGCCCGUGGAGACCCGCUCUGUGGUGGACGUACUAGCGGAUCACGCCGGAGAGCUGGUGCGCACGGACAGCCCAAACUUUCUGUGCUCGGUCCUGCCGUCACACUGGAGGUGCAACAAAACUCUUCCCGUAGCUUUCAAGGUGGUGGCUCUGGGUGAUGUUCCUGACGGGACUCUGGUCACGGUGAUGGCGGGAAAUGAUGAGAAUUAUUCCGCGGAACUGAGAAACGCGUCUGCGGUGAUGAAGAACCAGGUGGCGCGAUUCAACGACCUGCGCUUCGUGGGAAGAAGCGGCAGAGGUAAGAGCUUCACUCUGACCAUCACUGUGUUCACCGGACCACCCCAGGUUGCCACAUACCACCGCGCUAUUAAAGUCACCGUGGACGGACCUCGAGAGCCAAGACGUCAUCGCGUGAAGCCGGACGAUCCUCAUAAACAGUUUUCCGAUCGACUCGGGGACAUCGAACGCUUUCAACGGAUGAGAAUGAACCCUGGCAAUGGGACCGCGCGUCCGCACCAAACACAUUACAGCCCCACCGGCACCUCACAGAUACCAGGAUUGUGGCCAGAUCAGAUCGAUGCUCCUGGACUGAAAACCUGCAAAGUUGAAGAUGACAUACGCUGGUCAGGUACAGAUCUGUUCCAACAGAGACCAUCGUUCCCAUCUCUGUCCCCAUUAACAGCUCCCCGUUUCUCUGAUUCACACAUGCAUUAUCCGGGUCCCUUUACCUACUCUGCCAACCCAUCCAGCACUGGAAUCGGAGGUCUCAGCGUGGCUAGCAUGCCCACCUCUAGCCGCUACCACACCUACUUGCCGCCUCCGUAUCCAGGCAACCAGAACCAGAACUCCCACUUCCAGACCAACUCCUCACCAUAUCACCUGUACUACGGCACUGGAUCCGGCUCCUACCAGUUCUCCAUGGUUCCCACCGGCAGCGCGGGAUCUGGGGGCGAAAGGUCACCCACACGCAUGCUGACGUCCUGCACCGCGGCGGGCGGAGCCGGCGGAACCGCGGGAGGCAACAACAGCCUGAUCAACGCCAGCCUCGGUAACCAAAGCGACGGGGUGGACGCCGAUGGCAGUCAUAGCAAUUCACCCACAGCGAUGAGCGGGUCGACACGCAUAGACGAGUCUGUCUGGAGGCCUUACUGAGAGAGUAAAAAAACUGGAAAAAAUUAUACAAACAGAUCAAAGGUUACAAGUCUUGCAUGUUUGAUUGUUUUGGGGGGGUUUGUUUUAAUAUGCCAUGUCUAUCGCUUCUAAACCAAAGACAUUGAAUGGCCAAAGACUAUUAAACAGACAGCUGACCUGUGAUCUACGUUUGCUCUGGACCUUUUGAAAAGGACAGAAACGGACGUCCAUCGAUCCAAAGAAAUGGAAGGAGGAACCAAGUACCACAGGGAAACAAGGUGUAUAUAGAAAAAAAUUCAUAAAAAAUGUUAAAAGUAAAAACAACCCAUAGUAAUAUAUCAGCUAUGUUUUUUGUUACUGAUAAAACCAAAGAAAACAGCUGUAGGUGCUUGUGUCGCCAAUAUGAAGGGGCUGUGUCUGUCCCAGUGUGUUUCAUCUGAAACAAGCCAAUUUAUCCAGCCUUAAAAUCUGCCUGAAAGCUGUCAUUCCCAAAGUGCGUUGCUGCAAAGACCAUUUAUCAUGCACAUAGUAUGGAAAAACUCACAAAAGCCACAGGACUUUGGUGGUGUCGGCAUUAAAGGACAGAGUGUGGAACUUUAAACGUGUAAAUACGGCACAAAUUCACCAAUGAUAAACAAAGCUUUCAUCCAAGGUGUCAGGUACUUUCCAAACGGCUGAAAUAGUCUUUAAAUAGUAAAAUGUGUAAUCAAUGAGCUCAUGUUAAGAAAAUAUGUUUGUCAUUGAAAGAAUAUUAGGGUGAAUCUUAUGAAAUCUUAUCCUCAAAACCGACAAGAGAAAUGAGAAUUAUAUAAGAAAAUGAAGCCUAUUUAAAUUUUAUACAUUGUUUUACUAUUAUACUUAUUUAUGCUGAUGAAUUUAUAACUUAUUACAAUACUGUAUUGCAGUAAAACAAUACUGUAUUACAGUUAAAUCUAAUUAGAAAAAAAACUUAAAAUGUCUAAACUGAUUAUUGAGAAUUAAGUCAAUAAAGCAAUGCUAAAAGGCUUCAUUGUCUUUUCACAAUGUAUAGAUUAUUUUUCGAGUUUUCGUGAGAUUCACCCUAGCUGUGAGUUGUUGUUUUGUUGAAUGUUUGAAGCUGAAACAAAACUCUUUUUUAGAAUCCAGAGACAGACCGGCGUUUUUUUUUUUCUUGCUUUGCGCCAAAAUCACGAACAAUUAAUUCGCCUUUUGAACUUGUGGGGACUUGUCUGUUGUUUUUAUUUUAUUUUAAUAGAUUUAGAGUAAUUAUUUUUAUCUCAGUGUUGAUUGCUUUUAAUGACUUGCAGUUUCUUCAGACUUACUGUGGUUUGUUUGAAC